GUAAUCCCACAAUGCUUACUUCCUUUUGCCUCCAUUUCUCGUCUGUUACCCGCCUUUACGAAGUACGGGCUUAGAAGCCGUUACUAUUUAAAGCUCUCAUUCGAAAGCACAAUGCUUACUUCCAUUGUUCCCUCCUCACGCUCUCAGUGACGGGAAAUUUUCUCGCGCUUCUUUCUCUUCUCACCUCAACCGUUCAAAACCCUAUCGCCGCCGAUCGUCACUACCGCUCGGUUGCUGAAGUUGCAAAUCGCUUCCAUCUCCUCCAUCUCCCGAACAUACGAUCUCCGAUUCCGCCGAUUCCACUACGUUUCUCGAAUCUGAAAUUUUUCAACCUAAAGGAAUGGCAGAACAGCAGAAGGAAUCCCCGCCUAAAGAUUUGAAGAAGAAAAAUUCAUUGCUAGAUGAUGAUUUCGGGACAGAAUUUCUUGGCUCCUGGAAACCCAUGUCAAUGGCAGAUGAUGAUGCUAUGGAUUUUAGCUUUAACACAGGUUCUAAAAGCAAGAAAAAGAUAUUCGACUUUGAAAAAAUGGACAUGAAUUUUGAUCUGGAUACUGCUUUUGGCAAAAUAUCAUCAUUUAAGGUGGACAUGUCAGAUCUUGAUUUUACAAGCCCACCCAAAAAGCCUUCCCAGUCUACGGACAAAAAGGGAGAAGCUUCUUGUGCAAAAGGAGGAAAACAAGAUGGAUUUAAUUUCAGCUUUGAUUUUAAUGAGUUGGAUAGCUUCAAUCUCAAUUCAAACUUACUAAACGUAGAUACUAGUAAUGACGACAGUUACCUGAGAAAGAAAGGAGUUACUGCAGAAGGAAAUAAUAGUGAAGAUGCUAAAAAGCCUAACAUCAAUGAUGAUGACAGAGGUGUUCGCUCAUCUAGUGAUAAUAAGACAACGAAACCUCGAGCAUCAGAGAGGAUGGAAACUUUGAACACUGAGAAUUCAGUUGGUAACCUAGGGAAUCUAGUUUCCAGACAGGAUAUUUCUGUUUCCAAAUUUUCUUCCUCUGAGAACCUUGACACGGAAGUUAAGAAUCAGACUUCUGAUAUUAGUAAGAUAACAAGUAUGAAAGAAAUGGAUCAGGAAAAAAACUUGUCCAAGGAGACAAAGUCAACCAAAUCAAAAUCUGAGCAGGUUAUCGACAAGGUACUUUCCAAGUCUGUCAGUCAAAGUGAUUCAGAGCAAGACACUGUCUCAGAAAAGCAUACAAAUGUUUCUUUAUCUGGAACAAGACGAAUUAAUGUUGCAGCUGAUAAACAAGUGAUUAAUGGUAAGACAACAUUUGUAGAUUCCGAUGUUGUAGACUUACUGUCAGAGCAUUCAUCCCUACCUCUUACCUCUGAAUCAGAUGGCAUUGUUAGAGAAGCAAUUAAUCUAGGCAGCAGUGCUGAAGAAGUUUCUAAUGACACUCCACCAGAAAAUAGUUAUUCAAGUUCCGGAAAUAUCACUAAAGUUGAUUCCUUGAAGAAGAACUCAUGUGACAAUAGCAUAAGAGAAAAUAAAAGAACAGAUUUGGAGUGUCACUUGGCUACAUCAAGCAGUAACCCCAUAGUUGAUAAAGUCUCGCUGAUGAAAGAUAAAAAUCUCCAAGUGAAGAAGUCAAAUUUAGUCAGUAUGCUAGAGAACAAAAGGUCUUUAAAAAAUCCUUCAUCAACAUCUGGAACAAAGAGUGUAGUCUCCUCCGACUGUAAAAAAAAUGCUGACAUACACCUGAGAUCCAUAGCCCAAGAAAGGAACAGCUUCAAAUCCAAUGAGACAAAGUUUGGGAGCAAAAUGGUAAGCGAUUCAUUCCUAGGUUCUAGCAAAGUAAUUAGGGAUGCGCCAGCAGUUCUUGGCAGCAAAGAUGAUCCUAACAGUUGUAAUGCCAGGAAGGGCGUUGUUUUUGAUGGUUCACCAAGCGCAGGAAAGUUGGCUGGAAAUAUGAAAUCAUUUCAUGAAGAUGUAAAUAAAAGAAAGGCCAUGUUUCUAGAAACGGGCAUGUCAACAAAAAAUGUUAAUAUUUUGAGUUCUCAGGUUAAUCCUUGCAGCUCAACAGAGAAGACAGUUAAACUUACUACUCAGAUAUCUCUAAAUUCUCAACCUGAAGCUUCGGGGAAGGAGUCCUUUCAGAAAUCAAAGAUCACCCACAUAGAAGGAAAUAAACUUUCUUCUUUUAAAGCUUGCAAGAUCACACCUGCUUUUUCUAGUGUAAAAACUUCAAGAAACAUUGGGGCUAACUCAGUUUUAGCAACGUCUUUACACCAAAAAGAGGCAAACUCAUUGGCAAGUUCUGAACAAAGAAAAGAGACACAGGCUAUUUUAGCAUCAAACGGUGAUCAUCUGGCUGACAGUGGUGAUAAUCAAAAGGCUUCAGCCCGGUUCUUGAAGAGGAAAAGUAUUGAGAUUUCUGAAGCAGAUUUAACAUCCUUGAGGCCCCUAAAGCGCCUACCUCAGUCUCCAAUCAGAAGCAGAAAUAAUGAAUCAAAAGAAUCUUCGGGAAAAGUUGAACAGGUAGAGAGAAAGUCCAACGACUUAGCCUACUAUGAUUCAACCUCUGGACUUGAAAGUCCAUCAGAGAUUAAAGUAACAGAAGUUGAAAUACCUGAUUCCGUACUCAUGGAAGACAAUGGUAAUGUUGAAAAGACUGAAGCAUAUAUGAAGGAACUUGAAAAUAUUUGUAACAUGCUGAAAAAAAGGCACGAGGAAGCAAAAGAGUUAUUAGUGCGAGCUGUUGUCAACGACAAUAACCUGCUGAUGCUUAAUCAUCCCAUUUAUGAAGAAAAAAUUCGGAAGGUUCAGAAAUUUGCUUCUCAAUUGAUGUCAAAGGAGAUUCAAACUUGAUCAGCAAUAAAUUGUUGCAUUUGAAGGUUAAAUCAACCACUUGAUGCACGGCUGCUGUGUUCCAACGCUCAACCAGACAAACAUAAAGUCUGGAGAAACAGAGCUAGGCUCCUGUUUAGUUGAUCGUAUACGACUAUAUUCACGCUGUGAGUAAAUAGCAUGUAAAUCUGUGAUACUAUUACCGUGAUAACAAUUUCAAUAACGAAUCCUUCUGUUGUCUAUGUUCCUUGCUUAGCUAAACAACAUUAUGUCGUUUUGCAAUUUAAAAAUAAAAAAACAACAUCAUGUUGAAUAUGCAUCUAUUCAAAAUCAGCCGCUUCUUCUAGUCACACUAAGUCUCUUUUUCUUUUUUUUAAUAAGCAAUUGUAUAUAAGAUAUCACACUAGGGGUGCAACCCUUACAACAAGAACACCCUAAAGAGGUAUUCUACAAAGCAAUGGCAAUUUGUACCAUUCGUAAAAAUUAAGUCUACUAGGAAACUCCUUACUACUAAACCAUCUCCAUGAAAAAUACAAUAUGUUUGAUAUCACCUCGUCGAAGCAAAAGGUGCCGUUAUCAAAAAUGAUUGUAUUUCUCAUUUUCCAA